CCGCUCCUUCAAAAGGAACGGACCCUCCGGAACGUGGGGACAGCAGCCUCCGAACGUUGCCGGGGGAGACAGUCUACCCUCGACAAUGACCGCCGGCCAGUGACAAGCCCCCCGUGGAAUGUUGGAGUGGUUCCGUUCUGCCGGGUACAGAGACGCCGUCGCCGCCGCCGCCGAGGGUUUCCUCCUCUUGUGUCACGCGAGACCCGGGGGCGGGGAGGGGGGCGCAGGGAUAGCCGCUGCCGCUGCCGCCGCCGGAGAGACGCUCCUCCGAGAGCCAGCCAGCCCCGCCGCCCGCCCGCCGGGUGCCCUCUCCUCCUCCUUGUUGCCAUUAAAACAAAUGAACCGAGCUGCUCUGCCCAGCGCCGCCAACUAAAUCGGUUUGGAUGAUUCGCGAUCUGAGCAAGAUGUACCCGCAGACCAGACACCCGGCACCGCAUCAGCCUGCUCAACCCUUUAAAUUUACAAUUUCCGAGUCCUGCGAUAGGAUUAAGGAAGAGUUUCAGUUUUUACAGGCUCAGUACCACAGUUUGAAACUGGAAUGUGAAAAACUGGCCAGUGAGAAGACCGAGAUGCAGCGGCAUUAUGUCAUGUACUAUGAAAUGUCCUACGGGUUGAAUAUAGAAAUGCAUAAGCAGGCAGAAAUUGUCAAGAGGCUGAAUGCUAUCUGUGCCCAAGUCAUUCCCUUCCUGUCCCAAGAGCACCAGCAACAAGUGGUGCAGGCUGUGGAACGUGCCAAGCAAGUGACCAUGGCAGAACUGAACGCAAUCAUUGGGCAGCAACAACUCCAGGCCCAGCAUUUAUCACAUGGACAUGGUCUGCCGGUGCCUCUCACUCCACACCCAUCAGGCCUUCAACCACCUGCCAUCCCACCAAUUGGUAGCAGUGCUGGCCUCCUGGCUCUCUCCAGCGCACUGGGCGGGCAGUCUCAUCUUCCAAUUAAAGAUGAAAAGAAGCACCAUGACAACGAUCACCAAAGAGACAGAGACUCCAUAAAGAGUUCUUCUGUCUCCCCAUCUGCCAGUUUCAGAACUGCAGAGAAGCACAGAAACUCAACAGACUAUUCAUCAGACAGCAAAAAACAGAAAACUGAAGAAAAGGAAAUAACAACUCGUUAUGACAGUGAUGGAGAGAAGAGUGAUGACAACUUGGUAGUUGAUGUUUCCAACGAGGAUCCCUCUUCCCCUCGAGGGAGCCCAGCACAUUCUCCAAGAGAGAAUGGCCUGGACAAGACCCGUCUGCUCAAGAAAGAUGCCCCAAUUAGUCCAGCUUCUAUUGCAUCUUCCAGCAGUACUCCUUCCUCAAAAUCCAAAGAACUUAGCCUUAAUGAAAAAUCUACUACUCCUGUUUCAAAAUCCAACACUCCCACUCCACGAACUGAUGCUCCGACCCCAGGCAGUAACUCUACUCCAGGAUUGAGGCCUGUGCCUGGAAAACCACCAGGUGUUGACCCAUUAGCUUCAGGCCUCAGAACCCCUAUGGCAGUCCCAUGUCCAUAUCCAGCUCCAUUUGGAAUUGUUCCACACGCUGGGAUGAAUGGGGAGCUGACCAGUCCAGGAGCUGCAUAUGCUGGGCUACAUAACAUCUCCCCUCAGAUGAGUGCAGCUGCAGCUGCUGCAGCUGCUGCCGCCGCCUAUGGAAGAUCUCCUGUGGUUGGUUUUGAUCCACACCAUCACAUGCGUGUGCCGAUUCCGCCAAACCUGACCGGCAUCCCUGGAGGAAAACCAGCAUAUUCCUUUCACGUUAGUGCAGAUGGUCAGAUGCAGCCCGUCCCUUUUCCCCCCGAUGCCCUUAUCGGACCUGGAAUCCCUCGACAUGCUCGUCAGAUCAACACCCUUAAUCAUGGAGAAGUGGUGUGUGCAGUUACUAUCAGCAACCCCACGAGACACGUGUACACUGGUGGGAAGGGAUGCGUCAAAGUCUGGGACAUCAGCCACCCAGGAAAUAAGAGUCCAGUCUCUCAGCUGGACUGCCUGAACAGAGAUAACUACAUCCGUUCCUGCAGAUUGCUCCCUGACGGCCGCACCCUGAUUGUAGGAGGGGAAGCUAGUACAUUAUCCAUUUGGGACCUGGCAGCUCCGACCCCACGCAUCAAAGCUGAGCUGACAUCCUCGGCUCCCGCCUGCUACGCCCUGGCGAUCAGCCCUGAUUCCAAGGUCUGCUUCUCCUGCUGCAGUGACGGGAACAUCGCAGUGUGGGAUCUGCACAAUCAGACAUUGGUCAGGCAAUUCCAAGGCCACACAGACGGAGCCAGCUGUAUUGACAUUUCGAAUGAUGGCACCAAGCUCUGGACAGGAGGUUUGGACAAUACAGUCAGGUCCUGGGACCUGAGAGAAGGGAGGCAGUUACAGCAACAUGACUUCACAUCGCAGAUCUUCUCUCUGGGAUAUUGUCCCACUGGAGAAUGGCUUGCAGUUGGGAUGGAGAACAGUAAUGUAGAGGUGCUACACGUUACCAAACCAGACAAAUACCAGUUACAUCUUCAUGAGAGCUGCGUGUUGUCACUUAAGUUUGCUCACUGUGGAAAAUGGUUUGUAAGCACUGGAAAGGAUAAUCUGCUCAAUGCGUGGAGAACCCCUUAUGGGGCUAGUAUAUUCCAGUCCAAAGAAUCCUCAUCAGUGCUUAGUUGUGACAUCUCUGUGGAUGAUAAGUAUAUUGUCACUGGCUCUGGGGACAAGAAGGCAACAGUCUAUGAAGUUAUUUAUUGAGGACAAAUCUUAAUGCAAACCGGACUCCUCCUUGUAGCACUUUGCUGUAUAAUCCUUUUUUUUUCUUCCCAAGCCAAGGAUUUAAAAUGUUCCUCACAGUUGUGGAGUUGAUUCCCUCCCCUCCCCCCACUUCCUCCUUGCUAUUGAAUUGUGAAUGCUCAUUAAGAACCUGUGAUACCAAAUCUUGAAAUAUCUACUUGGAAGAACUCGGAAUAAGCAUACUUAACAGUGAACUGAAUCUUUAAUUAUGUAUUAUAUCUGUAAUAUAUUUAUUUUGUUUAAAGAAGGCUUUCUAACAAUGAACUGACUAAAUAAAGCUGUCUGCUCCCGCCUUGGUAAUAAAGGUGCGUUGUACUUUGAUAUCCCCUUUUUCGUUUGGCAGGGGAGGGCAAAAGAACAUUUAAAAUGACCAGUUAGUAACUGUUGUAAGCAUAGACUGGUAGCUAUACAAAGACAUUGAAUGUUUAAUAUCAACAGGAAGCAAUAUGCUGCUUCUUUUUUUUUUUUUUAAACAAAUUUUGGAAAUUUGAUUAAAUAAAGAGAAAUUUCUAACUGAUGCCAUAUGCAUUUUGGUUAAUUUGGAAAGUUAAGCUUCUAGCUGUCUCAGUUAAAUAUACUCAAAGAAUGCUACCCUCUUAGAUACCUGAAGGUGUAGGAACCACUUCAGAACUGGUUGCUGUUUUUAGAACUUUCCUUUUAAUUAGUUUUAUUGACCAGGCAAUGGUCACUAUAUAACUUUUUUUUAAAUUUUUUUUUUUUGUAUUAUAGAAAGAUGAACAGUAAAUUGGCCUCAAAGAGACAACUUAAUCCCUCCUGGAUAUUUUUGCCACAUUUCUUUGAAAAGGGGAGAUGUGCAUCUUUGGGCAAUUUUGUGGUUACAAGAGAUUAUGGAAAACAUUUCGCAUGUUGUUUGGGAACUGCACAGGUGCACAGCUGUAGGAAAGGAAUUCCUACCACUGUGUAAGCCAAGCCUUUGACAAAGAAAGGACAACAGAGGAGGGAAGGAUUUGCAAGAAUCCCUCCUCCUGAAGAACAGGAAGAAUGGGCUCUCCCUUGAAAUGAGGACUUGCUCUACUGGCCAUCGGUUCUUUCCAUGUCUUAGUUGGAUGUCCCUGGAAUAGACACAAGGCUGUGUUGUGCCACCAUACCAGAGACAUUGUGUUAUCUUUUUAUGUUGUUGUUGUUGUUGCUGUUAAACCAUGAUCUGUGACUCCUUUUUUAUUAUUAUUAAUUAUUAUUAUUAUUAUUAUUAUUUGUUUGAAUGCUUUAUAAAUCUUUUAAGUCUGUGGAUCUGCUGAUGUACAGUGCCUUUGCUGCUAUGGAUCAAAAUCAAAAGAACCGUGUAGAUAAACUUUAUCGUAUAGGUAGAAAAUUACUUAAUUUCAUACUAGAAAUGGGUUGAUGCUGCAAAUUGAAAUGGACUGUUCAUUGAAGUUCCAAAUGUGGUAGCAGAAAAAAAAAUGGUGUCUUAAGUGCAUUGUGUUUGAUGUCAUUGACAGUUUCGUAAUACUCUACAGUGUAGAAAGAUUUUGAUACUAAACUGUGCAUUGUACAUAGUUCUAAUGCAUUGUAUUGACCACCAGUACUUCUAUAAUGGUAGAAUAUUGUUUGUGCAUUCAGACUUUUAAGCAUUAAACAUAAAUAACUUCUAGGA